UGUUACGACUGUGCGACAAAAAGAAAGUCUUCGAUAUGGAUAAUAUAACACAGAAACUGUCGCAGUAUUUUGGACACCGAAAGUUUAAAAGUGAACUUCAAGAACGUGCUGUAAGGGCGGUAGCUAGAGGGGUUCACGAUGUGUAUGUGUCCAUGCCCACGGGCUCGGGCAAGUCCCUGUGCUUCCAGCUGCCUGCCAUGCUGCAAGAUAACAAAGUGGCUAUUGUGUUCUCACCAUUGCUGGCCCUGAUCAAGGACCAGAUAGACCACCUCACCAAGAUCAAAAUCACUGCAGAAUCAAUUAACUCUAAAAUGACUGGAAAAGACAGAGAAAGAGUGCUAAAUGAUUUGAGAAGUAUGAAGCCCAACACAAGAUUUCUUUACAUAACGCCUGAACAGGCUGCAACAGAGACUUUUAAAUCAUUGAUGGAGCAUCUCAUUAAGUAUAAGAAGAUCUCAUACGUAGUUGUUGAUGAAGCUCAUUGUGUCAGUCAAUGGGGUCAUGACUUUCGACCAGAUUAUUUAAAGUUAGGUGACCUGAGAGAGAAAUAUAAAUCUGUUACAUGGGUCGCUCUAACUGCAACAGCGAGUUCGGAAGUCACCAAAGACAUAAUGGAAAAUCUCAAGCUUCUGACCCCGGUAGCUCAGUUCAAGACACCUAGUUUUAGGAAGAAUUUGUUUUAUGAUGUUGUUUAUCAAAAUUGUAUAGACGAUGAAAUUGGACAUUUAACGGAAUUUUUAAAGAAGAGUUUAAAGGAGGAUGAAAAUGUUAAGCCAAAAGACAAAAAUGCGGUUAUUGUUUACUGUAGAACUCGCGAUCAAACUGAGGAAAUAUCAAAUAUGCUGAACAAAAGAGGUCUACCAUCAUUGGCAUAUCAUGGAGGUAUGAAAUCCGCGGAGCGCGUGUCUGUGCAGGAGCGCUGGUCGCGCGGCGAGGUGCCGUGCGUGUGCGCCACCGUCUCCUUCGGCAUGGGCGUGGAUAAGGCGACAGUGAGAGCUGUGGCGCACUGGGGGUUGGCUCAAAACGUCGCGGCCUAUUACCAGGAAUCAGGUCGCGCCGGGCGCGACGGCAAGCCGGCGUUCUGCCGCGUGUACUACUGCCGCUCGGAGCGCAACGCCGUGGACUUCCUGCUUAAAACGGAGCUGGGACGCGCCAAGACGCCCGAGCAAAAGCAACGCUGCAAGAACGCCUACAAGAGCUUCGAGAUCAUGGUCAAAUACUGUGAACAAAUCAGAUGUCGACACAAAACGUUCGCGGAUUUCUUCGGCGAGGAGGCGCCGAAAUGCGUGGACCGCUGCGACGUUUGCGCCGACGAGAGGGCGGUCCGGCGAGCGCUAGACCAACAUCAGCGGAGGGCCAUGUCGGCGCGCCUCCAGGGGGGGCUGGUGUCUAAUGUGGACCCCGCGCAGCUGUAUGGAGAGGGCCGGUACGGGCAGAAGAGGGAGACGGAUGCUUACGGCGCCGACGACAGCGGCUCGGACAGCUCUGAGAGCCGCCGUCGCGUCGCGCAGGAGACGCGCUCGCUCAUACUCGAAGAGUUUGCCAAGAGAAAGAAGAGUACGGAAAAAGAUAGAAGGAAGGACAAAGAUGGCGACGAGCAGGCUGCUAAAUACUCAAAGUGCAGGGCCGCGGAAAGUACGGGAACAAAGGUAAACGGGCUAACAGUGGCAACCCGCGAGAGCUACCUGUCCCUCGUGAAAGACGCGUUAAACAACAACAUGGCGGUUAUGAAAGGGAUGGAGGAACCGGUGCACCCUCUCACUCGCACCGACGUCGAGCAGUGCGCCGCAGACUUGGAGUAUGAAGCAUUCUGCGCCAGCACCGUCAUCAGCCUUUACCGCCGCGCUGUCCUCAAAACGAUAUCUUCUAUAAAAUCUCACGAUGACAGUCUCUAUCCGGCGCUCAAGAGCUACGAACCGAAGAAACGUAAUACUCUCAGAGAGUUUGUGAAGGAGUUUGAACAAUCGAAGCAGGGAAAAACAAACAUGGGCUUUAUCACAGCAGCCGAACUAGAAAUGGAAUCGAAAAAUGAAGAAAGAGUUCUCUCUAAAGCGGACAAAGAGGCACAAAGAAAAGCGAACUCUUUCAAAAGAGACCCAUUUCAGCAAACAAAGUUGCAGAGCUUCUUUAAAAAAGCCUCUCAUAUAUCUCCAGAGAAUACUCCCGAUGAAAGUGAGGACGACGCACUUUUCAUAGACGACAACAAGAGCCCGUGUGAAGACACACUCAAACUGGAAGACACUAACGAUGUUGCCUCUAAACACGCAAAAGAUAUUCACAACGACACCACCUUAAAGAUAGAAACUAACUCCGAACCUGAAGAUAAUACUGAAACAACUGAUGAUUCUAAAAAUGACUCUAAAGAAGAUUCUGAAACGAAGACUUUCGUGAUCAAUAUUACGUUGCAAGGUGUGCCUAAUAAGGAUAAGCAUAGCAGCAAAAGCAACAAAGAAUCGAAGCAUUCAAAGAGUGAUAACGACAAGAAAGAGUCUGAAAGACACAAGUCUGAUAGAAAACAUAAAGAGCAUAAACAUAACAAAUCUAAUGAAAAUAAAUCACCUAGUAAAUCACCUAACCACAAAAAAGAGUCUGAAAGACACAAGUCUGAUAGAAAACAUAAGGAGCAUAAACAUAACAAAUCUAAUGAAAAUAAAUCACCUAGUAAAUCACCGAAACAAGCUAAAAGAAAACUUAAAGAUUUGUUUGGAGAAUCGUCUGGAAGUGAUGAAGAAAAAUCAGAAGUUAAGAAAGUUAAAACUGAAGAUAAAAAACGAAAGGAUAGCAAAAAGCACGAAGACAAGAAACAUCACAAAAAGACUGACCAUUCCCAUGAACAGAAAUCCACAGAAACGGUUGCUCCAAAAGAACAAGUAAAACCGGAACCUAUAUCCAUCGCGGAAGACAAUAAUUCAGGGAGUGAGUCUGAAAAAGAGCUAGUUAUAGAUGAUCAAAUUGAAUCUAACAACGAGAACAAAACAGAAGAAGGUAUUGAAAAUACUUCAUCCGAGCAGUCUCAUAAUUUAUCAGCAGCCAGUUCUAAUCCAGUGGAAGUGAGCGAGGAAGACGCAAAGUUAGACAAAGCUCACCAGCUCAGCAAAGAAGCCGACAAAGUAUUACAAGCGCUGAAAAUGUUCUCAGAAAAUCCACCAGAACCAGUAGUUAUAGAAAAGCCUGUAGAAAAGGAGAAGCCAGCUAAAGAGCCGAUCUCUCCCACUAUAACAAAAACAUCACAUAAGCAUAAAAGUGAUCAUCACUCUAAAGAUAGAAGUAAGUUAAGUUUAAGGCGUAAAUCUAAAGAGCAUAAGGAACAUAAAGAUAGGCAUAAGGAGAAAAAACAUAGAAGUGAGAAGAUAGUGAAGGAGGAGAAGAAAUCUGAGAAGGUGGACGUGGCGGGGCUGGUGGUAAAGCUGCUGAUGCCGUACUACAAGAAGAAGAAGAUCGACAACCGGGACCUGUUCAAGGUCACGGCGCGCCACAUCGUGCACCAGCUGCUGGCCAUACAAGUCACCGAAGAAGCAGCUAUCGACAUGUUACUCAAGAAAGCGUUCAGCAAAGAAAUAAAAAUCGAGAAUGAAAGUGACUUAGCGGUGAAGCUGAACCUUAGCCAAUGACGGUUUCUGUUUUAUUUAUAUAGUAUUUACAUUAUUUAUAUUUAUUGUUGCGGUUGUGUGAUUAUUCCCUACAUAAUAAAAUUAAUUUUAUGGUCAAAAUAUGCAUGAGAUAAGAAAUAUCUUGUUUGUAAAUAAGCUUAAUACAGCUAUUUUAUUGUUAUAACAAAUGGUUUGAUUGAUCAAAUCACGAUUAAAACCAUCGUUUCUGUAAAA